GAUGGCAUGGUGGGAGUCCAGUGGGUACAGGAGCCUGUGUCUACCCUCUGUGGAGAGCGAGGAAGAAGAGGCUGAUGACCUCAGUGUGACCUCUACUGAUUCAGAACACUCUGCUAUUAGUUACGUGUUGGGUGAUGUCACACACCCCCACGCCAGCCAGGAAGACGCCAUCAUAGUGCACUGUGUUGGUAUGGAAUCAUUCUGAUUUAAAAGUCAUUUUGCUUAUUACAUUGCUUACAGCAAAGAAAGAGAUUUCAUGCAAACAUGAAAACAUUGUAUUGAAAAUCUCAAUGUCUGUGUUUAUGCCCUGGCAUCUUGCAGAUGACUCGGGCCGGUGGGGUAGAGGUGGUCUCUUCACAGCACUGGAGAACCGUUCAGAUGAACCUCGGAAACAAUAUGAACUGGCUGGAAAGAUGAAAGGUGAGCUCACAUCAUCUAGGGUCACAAACCCUUUUUCCAUAAAAAAUAUGAACGUGCUAGAACUGAAAUAACGUCGACAAACACACUGGAAAACCAUUUAAAUCGACUAGGCGCGUUAGAUACAUUCACUCAGAAGAGGUGGUUUUAACUGCAUUCUAAUGUCGACUUUGCUUUAUGGAAAACCGAAUCAAGCAAGUAAAGGGUUUUUUACGCACGUUCAGUUGUUGGGUCUCGAGCACUGCGCGAUUGGACAUUUCAAAUCAAAUCAAAUCAAAUUUUAUUGGUCACAUGCGCCGAAUACAACAGGUGCAGACAUUACAGUGAAAUGCUUACUUACAGCCCUUAACCAACAGUGCAUUUAUAUAUUAUUUAAAUUUGAAAGUGAUGUUAUGGAACUCCCUCGGAUACUUCUGCUAUCGGGGAAAAGUCCACAAUGACACUGCCAUUCAUGUGGAGAAUGAGACAUUUGCAUCGGUUGGCCAUCAAAUAUAAUGUUCUGUAGCCACCAUUUGAUACAUUUGACAUUUUAGUCAUUUAGCAGACACUCUUAUCCAGAGCGACUUACAGUUAGUGAGUGCAUACAUUUUUCAUACUGGCCCCCCGUGGUAUUCGAACCCACAACCCUGGCGUUGCAAGCGCCAUGCUCUACCAACUGAGCUACAAGGAGGCCUACAAUAUGAUACAAUAAAUAUGUUAAAAUGACGAUAUCAGUCAUUGCAAAUCAAAUAUGUGGCACUUGUAUAGCCUUCCUGGAGCUGGAAAACGGGGCCUUCAGAAAGUAUUCACACCCCUUGACUCUUUCCACAUUUAGUUGUGUUACAAAGUGGGAUUAAAAUUGAUUCAAUUGUAAUUUUUGUCAACAGUCUACAAAACAUACUCUGUGAUGUCAAAGUGGAAGAAAAAUUCGAACAUUUUUAUUAAAAAAUAUAUAAAAAAUGAUACACUAAUACAUCUUGAUUAGAUAAGUAUUCAAGCCCCUGAGUCAAUACAUGUUCGAAUCACCUUUGGCAGCGAUUACAGCUGUGAUUCUUUCUGGGUAAGUCUCUAAGAGCUUUGCACACCUGGAUUAUACAAUAUUUGCACAUUAUUAUUAUACAAUUCUUCAAGCUCUGUCUAAUUGGUUGUUGAUCAUUGCUAGACAGCCAUUUUCAGGUCUUGCCAUAGAUUUUCAACCAGAUUUAAGUCAAAACUAACUCGGCCACUCAGGAACAUUCACUGUCUUCUUGGUAAACAACUCCAGUGUAGAUUUGGCCUUGUGUUUUAGAUUAUUGUCCUGCUGAAAGGUGAAACUGGUGGAACCAGGUUUUCCUCUAGGAUUUUGCCUGUUCUUAGCUCCAUUCCGUACAUUUUUUAUCCUGAAAAACUCAUGUCCUUAAUGAUUACAAGCAUACCCAUAACAUGAUGCAGCCACCACUAUGCUUGAAAAUAUAGAGAGUGGUACACAGUAAUGUGUUGUAUUGGAUUUGCCCCAAACAUAACACUAUGUAUUCAGGACUUACAGUUAAUUGCUUUGCCACAUUUUUUGCAGCAUUACUUAAGUGCUUUUCGCUCUGUCAUUUAGGUUAGUAUUGUGGAGUAACUAUAAUGUUGUUGAUCCAUCCUCAGUUUUCUCCUAUCACAGCCAUUAAACUCUGUAACUGUUUAGUCACCAUUGGCCUCAUGGUGAAAUCCCUGAGCAGUUUCCUUCUUCUCCGGCAACUGAGUUAGGAAGGACGCCUGUAUCUUUGUAGUGACUAGGUGUAUUGCAUUCUAACGUUCAAACAGUAACCGGAUGCCUGUCUGCCUGCUUUAUAUAGCAAGCCACGGCCACGUGACUCACUGUCUGUAGGAGUGAACCAUUUUGAGAACGUGGUGGUGUACCUAAUUAACUGGCCACUGAGUGUGUCUAUAGAGAGUAGGGCCAGUCUGUCUGAAUGUCCAGAGACUUUCUCCUCCAUAGCUGUUGCUAAGUGAUAAUUGACACUUCCAUGUUGUGCAGUUUAUUUCUGGUAGUUUUCUAACCCUAUGAAGAUGUCCAGUGUAAGCUGAUAUACAAUGUGUUGACGCCACAACACAGUACAGACCUGGAAACACAUUAUCCCGAAUGCUAAUCAAAGAGAAAACAGUGUUUGUUGUUUACAGCGGGUCAUUUCACAGGGCGCUGUCAGAGACCCUGGCUCUGUGCCUAGCUAUUUAAAACGGUUUGUAGUCUUAAUAUCUGGCAUAGAAUAAGGCAAAGUUGCCAUUGAAGUUCGUCCAAGUGUUUCUUGCGCAGAGAUUGAGAUCCUCUGUCCGACUUUCAUCACUCAAACUGUCCUGUGGGAUUUAUCUAUAGUUAUGUACUGUACAUGCCAAUCGAAAGCGGUCAAACGAGUUAAAUCGACAUCCAUUGAUGGAAAAUGAUAUUUUCUCUUGCGACAUAUGCAAACUCCUUAAUUGGCUCACAAUAAUUAUUAUUUUGAUGGAAAACUAUAUUUUGCUUCUUAAUUCCCUCAAUAACGUUAAGUAAAAAGCGUCCUAGACGUCUCAGUCUGCUGUCUGUACGGCAGCACUGGUCCUAGACGUCUCAGUCUGCUGUCUGUACGGCAGCACUGGUCCUAGACGUCUGUCUGCUGUCUGUACGGCAGCACUGGUCCUAACUCGUCGCUGUCUGUAGGCGCAUGGUCCUAGACGUCUGCUGCUGUCUGUACGGCAGCACUGGUCCUAGACGUCUGUCUGCUGUCUGUACGGCAGCACUGGUCCUAGACGUCUGUCUGCUGUCUGUACGCAGCACUGGUCCUAGACGUCUGUCGCUGUUGUACGGCAGCACUGGUCCUAGACGUCUCAGUCUGCUGUCUGUACGGCAGCACUGGUCCUAGACGUCUCAGUCUGCUGUCUGUACGGCAGUCACUGGUCCUAGACGUCUCAGUCUGCUGUCUGUACGGCAGCACUGGUCCUAGACGUCUCAGUCUGCUGUCUGUACGGCAGCACUGGUCCUAGACGUCUGUCUGCUGUCUGUACGGCAGCACUGGUCCUAGACGUCUGUCUGCUGUCUGUACGGCAGCACUGGUCCUAGACGUCUCAGUCUGCUGUCUGUACGGCUGUACAGUGCCUUAGACCUACACCGAGUUGUAACUGUCCUGCCAUCACACACCAGUAAAUCAGAGAUCUUUCUGUUUCAGACUUGGAGCUGGGAUCUGUGUUGCUGUUCCCUGUUGAUGAUAAACAGUCCAGACUGGAUGGUCAAGACCAGGUAAGAAGAGAUGAUUUAGAAUCACAGGUAGACCUGCCUGUCACCCUCAGCCCUGUCACCCUCAGCCCUGUCACCCUCAGCCCUGUCACCCUCAGCCCUGUCACCCUCAGCCCUGUCACCCUCAGCCCUGUCACCCUCAGCCCUGUCACCCUCAGCCCUGUCACCCUCAGCCCUGUCACCCUCAGCCCUGUCACCCUCAGCCCACCAGGGAAUUUCCUCUAGGUCUAAUGGUUGAUGUCCAGGUGGGUUCAGAUUCUACCAGUUACACACACACACACACACACACACACACACACACCCUCUCAACACACAGAUAAGUGUCUGUGCCAUGACCUAACAUACUUAUUGUCAGAGUGUUAAUGGUUCAGUUCCUUCAGAAAGUAUUCAUACCCUUUGACUUUUUCCACAUUUUGUUGUUACAGCCUGAAUUUAAAAUUGAUUAAAUUCAGAUUUGUUGUCACUGGCCUAAACACAAUACCCCAUAAUGUAAAAGUGGAAUUGUGUUUUUUGACAUUUGUACUAAUGAAUAAGAAAUGAAAAGCUGGAAUGUCUUGAGUCAAUAAGUAUUCAACCCCUUUGUUAUGGCAAGCCUAAAUAAGUUCAGUAGUAAACAUGUGCUUAACAAGUCACAUAAUAAGUUGCAUGGACUCACUCUGUGUGCAAUAACAGUGUUUAACAUGAUUUUUGAAUGACUACCUCAUCUCUGUACCCCACACAUACAACAUGUGUCUGUGCUUGUGUGUGUCUCUUCACAGUCCCCGUUGUUCCAUAACGUGUAUUUCUGUCUGUUUUUAAAAUCUGAUUCUACUGCUUGCAUCAGUUACCUGAUGUGGAAUAGAGUUCCAUGUAGUCAUGGCUCUAUGUAGUACUGUGCGCCUCCCAUAGUGUGUUCUGGACUUGGGGACUGUGAAGAGACCUCUGGUGGCAUGUCUUGUGGGGUAUGCAUGGGUGUCCGAGCUGUGAAAACGGUGUACACAGUGAAAAAAUUAUGCUGCUUCUUUAUGGGACCUUUCAAAACGUUUUUAAUUUAAACGUUUUCAAAGUUUAAAACAUAGAGAUCGGCCCGUAAAUGGAGGCUGCUGAAGUCUGAAUCCCGUGAGGGUGAAAGACAGUCAAUUGACAGACUUGUUGGGGAAUGUUUGGCGAGUAAUCUGGCUAGCCUGGCUAUACAUUGAACGGAAUAACAGAAACACUGAACCGCUAUAGGCCGGCAGGUAGCUUAGUGGUUAAGAGCGUUGUGCCAGUAACCGAAAGGUCGCUGGUUCUAAUCCCCGAGCCGACUAGGUGAAAAAUCUGUCGAUGUGCCCUUGAGCAAGGCACUUAACCCUAAUUGCUCCUGUAAGUCGCUCUGGAUAAGAGCGUCUGCUAAAUGACUAAUUAUUUUAUUAUUUCAAACAUAUGGACUCCGGUAGAAAUCUACACAGUGGUGAGAAAAACAUGGAGACUCAUUUAUGAAAGAAAGAAAGUGCCAAUAGCGUGGCUACUCUCGUGACGGAGAGGAGGAGCCUAGCUACAAAGAUGGACCAAAUGAAGCUGAGGAUUGAAAAAGGAAUGAAUAGUGAAGUUGACAGCUUACGUAGAGAAAGUGCUGUAAUUCCUUCACCGUUCACCCAAUUUGGAUGUUAACACCCUCAAAUUAAAGCUGAAAGUCGGCACUUUCAGCUCAUAUUCAUUAUUUAAUUCCAACAUGCUGUGGUAGACAGCUACAAUAAUAACACCUUGGUCAAUGUCCAAAUAUUUAUGGACCUGACUGUAUUAAUAUAUAUGUGUAACCCGUACUUAAAUGAGGAGCUGUUAGUGGCAGAAGUAAAGAAGGUGAUUGACGCUGCAAAAAAUGGGAAAGCGUUUGGCAUUGAUGAACUGCCUAAUGAAGUUUUAAAAUCCCCUAAAUGAAUGGACGUUCUAUAUGAUUUUGCUCCAAAUUAGUUUGGAGUACAGUAUACUGCCAUACACUUGGUAUAAGUCUAUAGCGAAUCCCAUUCCCAAACCUUCAAAAAAUGUUUAUUAAGUACGGUCUAUAAAUGAUAUUCAUCCAUCCUCAACAACAGGCUGAUGACCUUUCUGGAGGAUGAAAACAUUCUGGUGGAAGAACAAAAAUGGUUUCUGUAAAUCCAGAGCCUGUAUAGAUUUACAUUUACAUUUUAGAUUUUAGUCAUUUAGCAGACGCUCUUAUCCAGAGCGACUUACAGUUAGUGAAUACAUUUUUUAUUUUUGUUUUUCAUACUGGUCCCCCAUGUGGUCUGAUGAGACAAAAAUAGAGCGGUCUGUACAAUAAUCAGAAAUAGAUUACACAAAGAGAAGCCUACCUUUUGCGUUUCAUUGAUUUUCAGAAAGCUUUUGAUUUUGUAAAUAGGGAUCUUUUCGCCUAUAGUUUGUUAAAGAUGGGAGAUUUUAUCACGCAAUUCAGUCUCUUUACAAAGUACCAAUUGCUUGUGUGCAUGUUAAUGAAUAUGGAACAGAUUGGUUUCCCUUGGUUACCCUCCGGUGCAAAACAAGGAGACGCCUUAUCACCGACUUUGUUUGCCAUGUUUAUAAAUGAUUUGACAAAAUAAAUUAAACAGUUAAAUAUUGGAGUAAGAUAUGAUGAUGAAACGCUGAGUAUCCUUUUAUAUGCUGAUGAUGUUAUUUUGAUGCAGAAACUGAACAAGACCUGCAGACCAUGUUAUUAUGUGCAUCAACUGGUGUAACAGAUGGAGACUCAUGAUCAAUCAGACAAAAACACAGAUAAUGCAUUUUAGAAAACCAGGUACUAAGAGAAGUGUUUUUCAGUUUUGUUUUGGUGAAGACAAUCUUUGAGUUUACUAGCAAUUAUAAAUAUUUGGGUCUUUUUAUUGAUGAACAUAUGACCUUUCUAUACGGACCAUCUGCCCUGGCCGACUCAGGGAGUUAUAGGAAAAACAAAAACACUCAAAGAUAUUGGUUAUGCUACGUAUUCCAAACUGGGGACAUGGGCUGGGAACCCUGGGAAAUGGAAGGCGUGUAAGGUGAGACUUUGGAAUAGACUGUUGGAUAUGACAACUGACAGAAUAGACUGUAAAGUUUUCCAAUGGGAUCUAUCCAUAGGGGGAGGCCUGGGCAACUGAAAUGUCUGACCUUUUCCAACAGUCUGACUGUGAACAUCUGUACGAAAACCAAAUUAAGGGAGAAAUAGAUAUGAUUCAAAUACAACUGUUGAUGCAAUAUGAAAGAAAAAUGGGUGGAGGAGAUGAAUCAUAAACCCAAAUUGAGAACCUUUUGUUUGAUUAAGGGUGAAUUUGUGUGUGAGAGAUAUAUUAUGUUUAACCUACCUAAACGCAAGAGAUGGCAGGUAAGAUCAGGGAUAUUGCCUCUGCGUAUUGAAACAGCUCGGUAUUGAGGUGAAACGGAAGAGGAAAGACUGUAACUAUCGUGACCUGGAAGAAAUAGAGGAUGAAACUCAUUUUAUCCUCUAUUGUCUUUUCUACCACGAAAUACGCUUGGUCUAAUUCCAGACAGACCACCAGAUAUACCCUGGCAUUAUGUGGCUGAGGAGACAGACCACCAGAUAUACCCUGGCAUUAUGUAGCUGAGGAGACAGACCACCAGAUAUACCCUGGCAUUAUGUGGCUGAGGAGACAGACCACCAGAUAUACCCUGGCAUUAUGUAGCUGAGGAGACAGACCACCAGAUAUACCCUGGCAUUAUGUAGCUGAGGAGACAGACCACCAGAUAUACCCUGGCAUUAUGUGGCUGAGGAGACAGACCACCAGAUAUACCCUGGCAUUAUGUGGCUGAGGAGACAGACCACCAGAUAUACCCUGGCAUUAUGUGGCUGAGGAGAAAGACCACCAGAUAUACCCUGGCAUUAUGUAGCUGAGGAGACAGACCACCAGAUAUACCCUGGCAUUAUAUGGCUGAGGAGACAGACCACCAGAUAUACCCUGGCAUUAUGUGGCUGAGGAGACAGACCACCAGAUAUACCCUGGCAUUAUGUGGCUGAGGAGACAGACCACCAGAUAUACCCUGGCAUUAUGUAGCUGAGGAGACAGACCACCAGAUAUACCCUGGCAUUAUGUAGCUGAGGAGACAGACCACCAGAUAUACCCUGGCAUUAUAUGGCUGAGGAGACAGACCACCAGAUAUACCCUGGCAUUAUGUAGCUGAGGAGACAGACCACCAGAUAUACCCUGGCAUUAUGUAGCUGAGGAGACAGACCACCAGAUAUACCCUGGCAUUAUGUGGCUGAGGAGACAGACCACCAGAUAUACCCUGGCAUUAUGUGGCUGAGGAGACAGACCACCAGAUAUACCCUGGCAUUAUGUAGCUGAGGAGACAGACCACCAGAUAUACCCUGGCAUUAUGUGGCUGAACCAUGAGGAGACAGACCACCAGAUAUACCCUGGCAUUAUGUGGCUGAACCAUGAGGAGACAGACCACCAGAUAUACCCUGGCAUUAUGUGGCUGAGGAGACAGACCACCAGAUAUACCCUGGCAUUAUGUGGCUGAGGAGACAGACCACCAGAUAUACCCUGGCAUUAUGUGGCUGAGCCAUGAGGAGACAGACCACCAGAUAUACCCUGGCAUUAUGUGGCUGAGGAGACAGACCACCAGAUAUACCCUGGCAUUAUGUAGCUGAGGAGACAGACCACCAGAUAUACCCUGGCAUUAUGUGGCUGAACCAUGAGGAGACAGACCACCAGAUAUACCCUGGCAUUAUGUGGCUGAACCAUGAGGAGACAGACCACCAGAUAUACCCUGGCAUUAUGUGGCUGAGGAGACAGACCACCAGAUAUACCCUGGCAUUAUGUAGCUGAGGAGACAGACCACCAGAUAUACCCUGGCAUUAGUAGGCUGAGGAACAGACCACCAGAUAUACCCUGGCAUUAUGUAGCUGAGGAGACAGACCACCAGAUAUACCCUGGCAUUAUGUAGCUGAGGAGACAGACCACCAGAUAUACCCUGGCAUUAUGUGGCUGAGGAGACAGACCACCAGAUAUACCCUGGCAUUAUGUGGCUGAGGAGACAGACCACCAGAUAUACCCUGGCAUUAUGUAGCUGAGGAGACAGAUCACCAGAUAUACCCUGGCAUUAUGUGGCUGAGGAGACAGACCACCAGAUAUACCCUGGCAUUAUGUAGCUGAGGAGACAGACCACCAGAUAUACCCUGGCAUUAUGUAGCUGAGGAGACAGACCACCAGAUAUACCCUGGCAUUAUGUGGCUGAGGAGACAGACCACUUGAUAUACCCUGGCAUUAUGUGGCUGAGCCAUGAGGAGACAGACCACCAGAUAUACCCUGGCAUUAUGUAGCUGAGGAGACAGACCACCAGAUAUACCCUGGCAUUAUGUAGCUGAGGAGACAGACCACCAGAUAUACCCUGGCAUUAUGUGGCUGAGGGAGACAGACCACCAGAUAUACCCUGGCAUUAUGUGGCUGAGGAGACAGACCACCAGAUAUACCCUGGCAUUAUGUGGCUGAGGAGACAGACCACCAGAUAUACCCUGGCAUUAUGUGGCUGAGGAGACAGACCACCAGAUAUACCCUGGCAUUAUGUAGCUGAGGAGACAGACCACCAGAUAUACCCUGGCAUUAUGUGGCUGAGGAGACAGACCACCAGAUACAGUGGGGGAAAAAAGUAUUUAGUCAGCCACCAAUUAUGCAAGUUCUCCCACUUAAAAAGAUGAGAGAGGCCUGUAAUUUUCUUCAUAGGUACACGUCAACUAUGAUAGACAAAAUGAGAGAAAAAAAAUCCAGAAAAUCACAUUGUAGGAUUUUUAAUGAAUUUAUUUGCUAAUUAUGGUGGAAAAUAAGUAUUUGGUCAAUAACAAAAGUUUCUCAAUACUUUGUUAUAUACCCUUUGUUGGCAAUGACACAGGUCAAACGUUUUCUGUAAGUCUUCACAAGGUUUUCACACACUGUUGCUGGUAUUUUGGCCCAUUCCUCCAUGCAGAUCUCCUCUAGAGCAGUGAUGUUUUGGGGCUGUCGCUGGGCAACACGGACUCUCAACUCCCUCCAAAGAUUUUCUAUGGCGUUGAGAUCUGGAGACUGGCUAGGCCACUCCAGGACCUUGAAAUGCUUCUUACGAAGCCACUCCUUCGUUGCCCGGGCGGUGUGUUUGGGAUCAUUGUCAUGCUGAAAGACCCAGCCACGUUUCAUCUUCAAUGCCCUUGCUGAUGGAAGAAAACCUGUGAAGACUUACAGAAAACGUUUGACCUGUGUCAUUGCCAACAAAGGGUAUAUAACAAAGUAUUGAGAAACUUUUGUUAUUGACCAAAUACUUAUUUUCCACCAUAAUUUGCAAAUAAAUUCAUUAAAAAUCCUACAAUGUGAUUUUCUGGAUUUUUUUCUCUCAUUUUGUCUGUCAUAGUUGACAUGUACCUAUGAUGAAAAUUACAGGCCUCUCUCAUCUUUUUAAGUGGGAGAACUUGCACAAUUGGUGGCUGACUAAAUACUUUUUUCCCCCACUGUAUGUAUGUAUGUAUGUAUGUAUGUAUGUAUGUAUGUAUGUAUGUAUGUAUGUAUGUAUGUAUGUAUGUAUGUGUAUAUAUACAGUGUGUAUGUAUAUUAUUUUACUGCUCUAGGGAUAUCAUUAUUGUUUGGAUAACCUUAUUUACUGUUAUGUAUUGAUUUUUACCUUACAUGUUGUCACUCUUUAUGCGAUGCGUAAUGCAGAGAACACCGGAAGAAGAAUUAUCAUUUAAUUACCACAGUGAAUUAUUGUAAUGUUUGUUUAUGUGUCAAUCCCAUAAGGGAUGGGGUUGCCAAUUGGCGAUUUUACACGAAAAUAAAAUGUCAUUCAUUCAUUCAUUCAUUCAUUCAUUCAUACAGUAAAAUAGCAUUGUAUCUGGUCAAGCACAAUUUUUUCCAAAAGCCAGUAAAGGGGGCUUUACUAUUCUUAGGUAGCGGAAUUACUAUUGCUUCCCUCCAGGCCUGGGGGAACACACUUUCUAGUAGGCUUAAAUUGAAGAUAUGUCAAAUAGGAGUGGCAAUAUCGUCCGUAAUUUUCCAUCCGUUGUCAGACCCCGGUGGCUUGUCAUUGUUGAUAGACACCAAUAAUUUUUCCACCUCUUCCACGCUUUAAGGAAUUCAAAAUGACAAUGCUUGUCUUUCAUAAUUUGAUCAGUUAUACUUGGAUGUGUAGUGUCAGCAUUUGUUGCUGGCAUUUCAUGCCUAAGUUUGCUAAUCUUGCCAAUGAAAAAAUAAUUAAUGUAAUUGGCAAUAUCAGUGGGUUUUGUGAUGAAUGAGCCAUCUGAUUCAAUGAAUGAUGGGGCUGAGUUUGCCUUUUUGCCCCAAAUUUCAUGUAAGGUGUUUUAAGGUACCAUCAUUCUUUGUCAUUUAUCUUUGUUUCAUAGUAUAGUUUCUAAUUCUUUUUAUUCAGUUUAGUCACAUGAUUUCUCAAUUUGCAGUACGUUUGCCAAUCGGUUGUGUAGCCAGACUUAUUUGCCAUUUAUUUUGCCUCAUCCCUCUCAACCAUACAAUAUUUCAAUUCCUCAUCAAUCCACUGGGAUUUAACAGUUUACAGUCAUUUUCUUAAUGGGUGCUUAUUAGUAACUGGGAUAACAGACGCUGUGUCAAGUGCAGUGUCUGUUUGCUCCUCAUUACACACUACGGACCAACAAAUUAUUAUUUACAUCAACAACAUAGGAAUCACUACAAAACUUAUUGUAUGACCUCUUAUACACUAUAUUAGGCCCAGCCUUUGGAACUUUGGUUUUCCUAGAUAUGGCUACUAUAUUGUGAUCACUACAUCAGAUGGAUUUGGAUACUGCUUUCAAGCACAUUUCUGCAGCAUUAGUAAAGAUGUGAGCAAUACAUGUUGAUGAUUUCAUUCCUGUGCUGUUUGUAAAUACCCUGGUAGGUUGACUGAUAACCUGAAUCAGGUUGCAGGCAGUGGUUACAGUUUGAAGCUUUCUCUUGAGUGGGCAGCUUGAUGAAAGCCAGUCAAUAAUGUGAUGGGUUCCUACUGUCUGUCGGUCUGUCGGUCUGUCGGUCUGUCGGUCUGUCGGUCUGUCGGUCGGGGUCCAGCAGAGAGCCAGAGACAACAGCCUGAUGUGAUGUCUGUCCCCAGGUGGCUCUGGUAGUGGUCCAGCAGAGAGCCAGAGACAACAGCCUGAUGUGAUGUCUGUCUGUCCCCAGGUGGCUCUGGUAGUGGUCCAGCAGAGAGCCAGAGACAAAAGCCUGAUGUGAUGUCUGUCCGUCUGUCCCCAGGUGGCUCUGGUAGUGGUCCAGCAGAGAGCCAGAGACAACAGCCUGAUGUGAUGUCUGUCUGUCUGUCCCCAGGUGGCUCUGGUAGUGGCCCAGCAGAGAGCCAGAGACAACAGCCUGAUGUGAUGUCUGUCUGUCUGUCUGUCCCUAGGUGGCUCUGGUAGUGGUCCAGCAGAGAGCCAGAGACAACAGCCUGAUGUGAUGUCUGUCUGUCUGUCUGUCUGUCUGUCCCCAGGUGGCUCUGGUAGUGGCCCAGCAGAGAGCCAGAGACAACAGCCUGUCAGGGAUCCAGCUCUCUGCUCUGGAAGAAGGACUCCAGAAGAUCUAUAGGGUCGCCAAGACUAACAAGGGUAGUCUGUCUAUGUCUGUCUGUUUGUUUAUGUCUCUGUGUGUGUGUGGGUGGGGGGGGGGGAGUUGGAGUUGGUGCAUAGUUGGAGAGAGAGACCAUUUACUCUGCUGUACACGUCACUAAAGAUUCCAUUUGUGUCUCCUUUUUUCCCUGUCAUCCACCUCUCUCCUCUCCCCUAGCUAGCGUUCACCUCCCCCGUAUCGGCCACUCCACCAGAGGGUUUAACUGGUAUGGAACAGAGAGGCUCCUCAGGAAACACCUGUCCUCGAGAGGGGUACACACCUCCAUGUAUCCUUUAUUUUUAUUUUUUAUUUUAUUUCACCUUUAUUUAACCAGGUAAGCCAGUUGAGAACAAGUUCUCAUUUACAACUGCGACCUGGCCAAGAUAAAGCAAAGCAGUGCGAUAAAAACAACACAGAGGUAAGGCAAUAAAUAGGCCAUAGUGCAAAAUAAUUACAAUAGUAUUAACACUGGAAUGAUAGAUGUGCAAGAGAUUAUGUGCAAAUAGAGAUACUGGGGUGCAAAAGAGCAAAAUAAAUAACAAUAUAGGGAUGAGGUAGUUGGGCGGGCUAAUUUCAGAUGGGCUGUGUACAGGUGCAGUGAUCGGUAAGGUGCUCUGACAACUGAUGCUUAAAGUUAGUGAGGGAGAUAAGAGUCUCCAGCUUCAGAGAUUUUUGCAAUUCGUUCCAGUCAUUGGCAGCAGAGAACUGGAAGGAAUGGCGGCCAAAGGAGGUGUUGGCUUUGGGAAUGACCAGUGAGAUAUACCUGCUGGAGCGCAGACUACGGGUGGGUGUUGCUAUGGUGACCAAUGAGCUAAGAUAAGGCGGGGAUUUGCCUAGCAGUGAUUUAUAGAUGGCCUGGAGCCAGUGGGUUUGACGACGAACAUGUAGUGAGGACCAGCCAACAAGAGCGUACAGGUCACAUUGGUGGGUAGUAUAUGGGGCUUUGGAGACAAAACGGAUGGCACUGUGAUAGACUACAUCCAAUUUGCUGAGUAGAGUGUUGGAGGCUAUUUUGUAAAUGACAUCGCCGAAGUCAAGGAUCGGUAGGAUAGUCAGUUUUACGAGGGCAUGUUUGGCAGCAUGAGUGAAGGAGGCUUUGUUGCGAAAUAGGAAGCCGAUUCUAGAUUUAACUUUGGAUUGGAGAUUCUUUAUGUGAGUCUGGAAGUUGAGUUUACAGUCUAACCAGACACCUAGGUAUUUGUAGUUGUCCACAUACUCUAGGUCAGACCCGUCGAGAGUGGUGAUUCUAGUCGGGUGGGCAGGUGCCAGCAGCGUUCGAUUGAAAAGCAUGCAUUUAGUUUUACUAGUGUUUAAGAGCAGUUGGAGGCUACUGAAGGAGUGUUGUAUGGCAUUGAAGCUCGUUUGGAGGUUUGUUAACACAGUGUCCAAUGAAGGGCCAGAUGUAUACAAAAUGGUGUCGUCUGCGUAGAGGUGGAUCUGAGAGUCACCAGCAGCAAGAGCGACAUCAUUGAUAUACACGGAGAAAAGUGUCGGCCCAAGAAUUGAACCCUGUGGCACCCCCAUAGAGACUGCCAUAGGUCCAGACAACAGGCCCUCCGAUUUGACACACUGAACUCUAUCUGAGAAGUAGUUGGUGAACCAGGCGAGGCAGUCAUUUGAGAAACCAAGGCUAUUUAGUCUGCCAAUAAGAAUGCGGUGGUUGACAGAGUCGAAAGCCUUGGCCAGGUCGAUGAAGACGGCUGCACAGUACUGUCUAUUAUCAAUCGCGGUUAUAAUAUCGUUUAGGACCUUGAGCGUGGCUGAAGUGCACCCAUGACCAGCUCGGAAACCGGAUUGCAUAGCGGAGAAGGUACGGUGGUAUUCGAAAUGGUCGGUGAUCUGUUUGUUAACUUGGCUUUCAAAUACUUUCGAAAGGCAGGGCAGGAUGGAUAUAGGUCUGUAGCAGUUUGGGUCUAGAGUGUCACCCCCUUUGAAGAGGGGGAUGACCGCGGCAGCUUUCCAAUCUCUGGGGAUCUCAGACGUUAUGAAAGAGAGGUUGAACAGUCCUUUACUAACCCUAACACACCUCCAUGUAUCCUUUCUAGUCCUUUACUAACCCUAACACACCUCCAUGUAUCCUUUCUAGUCCUUUACUAACCCUAACACCCCUCCAUGUAUCCUUUCUAGUCCUUUACUAACCCUAACACCCCUCCAUGUAUCCUUUCUAGUCCUUUACUAACCCUAACACACCUCCAUGUAUCCUUUCUAGUCCUUUACUAACCCUAACACACCUCCAUGUAUCCUUUCUAGUAAAAGGUAGUGUACUCUAAAAGGAAUAGGAUUCCAUUUGGGAAGCAAACAAAAUGUAUGUUGUUCAAAUGGCCUUUUCCCCGCACUGCAUUUGUUGAAGAAGUGUUGAGGGAUCUAGUGCUAAAUGUGUUUGUCUGAACUCAAGCUGUGAAGGAUUUGUUUUGUCCAGGAGGUUUAGUUCUUAACUGGCCUGUCUGUCAGAUACUACUACAGCAAGUCAGCCUCUACCUCUGCUUUAGGUACGUCCACAACGACCUCCACAGCAUCAGCCUCUACCUCCAAGGCCUCAGCAGCAUCCCCCUCCCCAUCCUCCGUCUCCCCCUCCCCAUCCUCCGUCUCCCCCUCCCCACCCUCUGUCUCCCCCUCCACACCCUCUGUCUCCCCCUCCCCACCCUCUGUCUCCCCCUCCCCAUCCUCUGUCUCCCCCUCCACACCCUCUGUCUCCCCCUCCACACCCUCUGUCUCCCCCUCCCCACCCUCUGUCUCAGUCUCCCCCUCUCCUCCACACUCCCCCCCAGUGUCACGGUAUCCUGGCCCUGACUCAGACAGAGGGAGUGAGGAAGGAGAGACAGCCAAUCAGAGCUCAGACAGAGGGAGUGAGGAAGGAGAGACAGCCAAUCAGAGCAGCAGGACCCUCAGCCCCCCUGGCCCUGCUCUUCCUGACUUCAUGAGAGGAGUUCAUGUGUUCUUCUACAACCUGACAGCCUCAGACAGGAAGAGACUGGCCCAAUACCUCAUGACAUAUGAAGGAGAUGAGGAGGAGUUCAUGAGUCCAGAGGUCACACACAUUGUAGCAGAGCUGGAGAGUCCUGUCCAAUCACAGGUGACCUGACCAGUCAGUCCUACAUUUACAAUUUCAAGGAUGGUUAUAACAUGAAAACCAUUGAUGUACAGUGACACAUCUGAUGUUCUGAUGUUGCUAUAGUCUGAUGUUGCUAUAGGUCUGAUGUUGCUAUAGUCUGAUGUUGCUAUAAGUCUGAUGUUGCUAUAGGUCUGAUGUUGCUAUAGUCUGAUGUUGCUAUAGUCUGAUGUUUGCUUAGGUCUGAUGUGCUAUAGUCUGAUGGUUGCUUAUAUCACUGAUGUUUUGUCUAUAGUCCUGAUGUUGGCUAAUAGUCUGAUGUUGCAUAGUCUGAUGUUGCUAAGGUCUGAUGUUUGCUAUAGGUCUGAUGUUUGCUAUAGUCUGAUGGUUUCUAUAUUGUGAUGUUUGCUUAGUCUGAUGAUCUAUAUUCUGAUUUGCGAUAGUCUGAUGUUUUGCUAUAGUCUGAUGUUGCUAAUAGUCUGAUUGUUGCUAUACUGAUGGAGUAGGGAAGAAUUAUAGGAAGAUAGAAGUAGUAGGGCAGCUGUUUGCUAAGUACUGAUUGGUUGCUAUAGUCUGAGAUCCUAAAGUCUGGUUAUGUUACAUAGUCGAGUGUUGCUAUAGUCUGAUAGUGCCUAUAGUCUGAUGUUGCUAUCUCUGAAUGUUUGCUAUAGUCUGAGUUGCUAUCUUCUAUGUUUGCAGUAGUCUGAAUUGCAUAGUCUAUGUUGCUGAUAGUCCUGAUGUUGUAUAGUCUUAUGAGCGAUCAGUCUGAUGUUGCUAUAGUCUGAUAGUUGCUAUAGUCUGAUGUUGCUAUAGUCUGAUGUUGCUAUAGUCUGAUGAUGCUAUAGUCUGAUGAUGCUAUAGUCUGAUUGAUGGUUGCUAUAGUCUGAUGUUGCUAUAGUCUGAUUGUUGCUAUAGUCUGAUGUUGCUAUAGUCUGAUGAUGCUAUAGUCUGAUGAUGUUUGCUAUAGUCUGAUGUUGCUAUAGUCUGAUGAUGCUAUAGUCUGAUGAUGCUAUAGUCUGAUGUUGCUAUAGUCUGAUGUUGCUAUAGUCUGAUGUUGCUAUAGUCUGAUGAUGCUAUAGUCUGAUGAUGUUGCUAUAGUCUGAUGUUUGCAUAGUCUGAUGUUGCUAUAGUCUGAUGUUGCUAUAGUCUGAUGAUGCUAUAGUCUGAUGUUGCUAUAGUCUGAUGUUGCUAUAGUCUGAUGUUGCUAUAGUCUGAUGAUGCUAUAGUCUGUAUGUUGCUAUAGUCUGAUGUUGCUAUAGUCUGAUGUUGCUAUAGUCUGAUGUUGCUAUAGUCUGAUGUUGCUAUAGUCUGAUGAUGUUGCUAUAGUCUGAUGUUGCUAUAGUCUGAUGUUGCUAUAGUCUGAUGUUGAUAUAGUCUGAUGUUGCUAUAGUCUGAUGUUGCUAUAGUCUGAUGUUUUUUUUUGCUAUAUGUCUGAUGUGCUAUAGUCUGAUGAUGCUAUAGUCCUGAUGUUGCUAAUAGUCUUCUGAUGUUGCUAUAGUCUGAUGUUGCUAUAGUCUGAUGUUGCUAUAGUCUGAUGUUGCUAUAUAGUCUUCUGAUGUGCUAUAGUCUGAUGUUGCUAUAGUCUGAUGUUGCUAUAGUCUGAUGUUGCUAUAGUCUGAUGUUGCUAUAGUCUGAUGUUGCUAUAGUCUGAUGUUGCUAUAGUCUGAUGUUUCUAUAGUCUGAUGUUGCUAUAGUCUGAUGUUGCUAUAGUCUGAUGAUGCUAUAGUCGAUGUUCUAUAGUCUGAUGUUGCUAUAGUCUGAUGUUGCUAUAGUCUGAUGUUGCUAUAGUCUGAUGUUGCUAUAGUCCUGAUGUUGCUAUAUCUUCUGAUGUUGCUAUAGUCUGAUGUUGCUAUAGUCUGAUGUUGCUAUAGUAUUUCUGAUGUUGCUUAUAGUCUGAUGUUGCUAUAGUCUGAUGUUGCUAUAGUCUGAUGUUUGCUAUAUCUGAUAGUGCUAUAGUCUGAUGUUGCUAUAAGUCUGAUGUUGCUAUAGUCUGAUGUUGCUAUAGUCUGAUGUUGCUAUAGUCUGAUUUGCUAUAGUCUGAUGUUGCUAUAGUCUGAUGUUGCUAUAGUCUGAUGAUGUUGUAUGUCUGAUGUGCUAUAGUCUGAUGUUGCUAUAGUCUGAUGUUGCUAUAGUCUGAUGUUGCUAUAGUCUGAUGAUGUUGCUAUAGUCUGAUGUUGCUAUAGUCUGAUGUUGCUAUAGUCUGAUGAUGCUAUAGUCUGAUGUUGCUAUAGUCUGAUGUUGCUAUAGUCUGAUGAUGUUUGCUAUAGUCUGAUGUUGCUAUAGGUCUGAUGUUGCUAUAGUCUGAUGUUGCUAUAGUCAUGAUGUUGCUAUAGUAUGAUGAGUUGCUAUAGUCUGAUGUUGCUAUAGUCGAUGUUGCUAUAGUCUGAUGUUUCUAUAGUCUGAUGUGCUAUAGUCUGUAUGUUGCUAUAGUCUGAUGUUGCUAUAGUCUGAUGAUGUUGCUAUAGUCUGAUGUUGCUAUAGUCUGAUGUUUGCUAUAGUCUUCUGAUGUUUUGCUAUAGUCUGAUGUUGCUAUAGUCUGAUGUUGCUAUAGUCUGAUGUUGCUAUAGUCGAUGGUUGCUAUAGUCUGAUGUUGCUAUAGUCUGAUGUUGCUAUAGUCUGAUGUUGCUAUAGUCUGAUGUUGCUAUAGUCUGAUGUUGCUAUAGUCUUCUGAGUUGCUAUAGUCUGAUGUUGCUAUAGUCUGAUGUUGCUAUAGUCUAGAGGUUGCUAUAGUCUGAUGUUUCUAUAGUCUGAUGUGUCUAAGUCUGAUGUGCUAUAGUCUGAUAUGAUGUCUGGAUAGUCUGAUGUUUGCUAUAGUCUGAUGAUGCAUAGUUUCUGAUGUUGCUAUAGUCUGAUGAUGCUAUAGUCUGAUGUUGCUAUGUCUGAUGUUGCUAUAGUCUGAUGUGCUAUAGUCUGAUGUUGCUAUAGUCUGAUGUUUGCUAUAGCUACUCUGAUGUUGCUAUAGUCUGAUGUUGCUAUAGUCUGAUGAUGCUAUAUGUCUUGAUGUUGCUAUAGUCUUGAUGUGCUAUAGUCUGAUGUUGCUAUAGUCUGAUGUGCUAUAGUCUGAUGAUGUUGCUAUAGUCUGAUGUUGCUAUAGUCUGAUGUUGCUAUAGUCUGAUGUUGCUUAUCUUCUGAUGUUGCUAUAGUCUGAUGAUGUUGCUAUAGUCUGAUGUUGCUAUAGUCUGAUGUUGCUAUAGUCUGAUGAUGCUAUAGUCUGAUGUUGCUAUAGUCUGAUGUUGCUAUAGUCUGAUGUUGCAUAGUCUGAUGAUGUUGCAUAGUCUGAUGUUGCUAUAGUCUGAUGAUGCUAUAGUCUGAUGUUUGCUAUAGUCUGAUGUUGCUAUAGUCUGAUGUUGCUAUAGUCUGAUGUUGCUAUAGUCUAUGAUUGAUGUUGCUAUAGUCUGAUGUUCUAUAGUCUGAUGUUUCUAUAGUCUGAUGUUGCUAUAGUCUGAUGAUGCUAUAGUCUGAUGUUUGUCGAUAGUCUGAUGAUGCUAUGUCUGAUGUUGCUAUAGUUGAUGAUGCUAUAGUCUGAUGUUGCUAUAGUCUGAUGUUUCUAUAGUCUGAUGUUGCUAUAGUCUGAUGUUGCUAUAGUCUGAUGUUGCUAUAGUCUGAUGUUGCUAUAGUCUGAUGUUGCUAUAGUCUGAUGAUUGCUAUAGUCUGAUGUUGCUAUGAUCUUCUGAUGUUGCUAUAGUCUGAUGUUCUAUAUCGAUUCUGCUGUUGCUAUAGUCAUGAUGCAAUGUUGCUAUAGUCUGAUGUUGCUAUAGUCUGGAUGUUGCUAUAGUCUGAUGUGCUAUAGUCUGAUGUUGCUAUAGUCUGAUGAUGUGCUAUAGUCUGAUUGUUGCUAUAGUCUGAUGAUUUGCUAUAGUCUGAUGUUGCUAUAGUCUGAUGUUUGCUAUAGUCUGAUGUGCUAUAGUCUGAUGUUUGCUAUAGUCUGAUUUGCUAUAGUCUGAUGUUGCUAUAGUCUGAUGUUUGCUAUAGUCUGAUGUUUGCUAUAGUCUGAUGAUGUUGCUAUAGUCUGAUGUUGCUAUAGUCUGAUGUUGCUAUAGUCUGAUGUUGCUAUAGUCUGAUGUUGCUAUAGUCUGAUGUUGCUAUAGUCUGAUGAUGCUAUAGUCUGAUGUUGCUAUAGUCUGAUGUUGCUAUAGUCUGAUGUUGCUAUAGUCUUCUGAUGUUGCUAUAGUCUGAUGUUGCUAUAGUCUGAUGUUGCUAUAGUCUGAUGUUUGCUAUAGUCUGAUGUUUCUAUAGUCUGAUGUUUCUAUAGUCUGAUGUUGCUAUAGUCUGAUGAUGCUAUAGUCUGAUGUUGCUAUAGUCUGAUGAUGCUAUAGUCUGAUGUUGCUAUAGUCUGAUGAUGCUAUAGUCUGAUGUUGCUAUAGUCUGAUGUUGCUAUAGUCUGAUGUUGCUAUAGUCUGAUGUUGCUAUAGUCUGAUGUUGCUAUAGUCUGAUGUUGCUAUAGUCUGAUGUUGCUAUAGUCUGAUGAUGCUAUAGUCUGAUGUUGCUAUAGUCUUCUGAUGUUGCUAUAGUCUGAUGUUGCUAUAGUCUGAUGUUGCUAUAGUCUGAUGUUCUAUAGUUCUUGAUGUUGCUAUAGUCUGAUGUUGCUAUAGUCUGAUGUUUCUAUAGUCUGAUGUUGCUAUAGUCUGAUGUUGCUAUAGUCUGAUGUUUCUAUAGUCUGAUGUUGCUAUAGUCUGAUGAUGCUAUAGUCUGAUGUUUCUAUAUAGUCUGAUGUUGCUAAGUCUGAUGUGCUAUAGUCUGAUGUUGCUAUAGUCUGAUGUUGCUAUAGUCUGAUGUUGCUAUAGUCUGAUGUUGCUAUAGUCUGAUGUUGCUAUAGUCUGAUGUUGCUAUAGUCUGAUGUUGCUAUAGUCUGAUGUUGCUAUAGUCUGAUGUUGCUAUAGUCUGAUGUUGCUAUAGUCUGAUGUUGCUAUAGUCUGAUGUUUCUAUAGUCUGAUGUUGCUAUAGUCUGUAUGAUGCUAUAGUCUGAUGUUGCUAUAGUCUGAUGUUGCUAUAGUCUGAUGUUGCUAUAGUCUGAUGUUGCUAUAGUCUGAUGCUGCUAUAGUCUGAUGGUGCGUAUAGUCUGAUGUUGCUAUAGUCUGAUGUUGAGAGUAGUCCCUUCUGAUGUUGCUAUAGCUGAUGUUGCUAUAGUCUGAUGUUGCUAUAGUCUGAUGUUGCUAUAGUCUGAUGUUGCUAUAGUCUGAUGUUGCUAUAGUCUGAUGUUGCUAUAGUUGAUGUUGCUAUGUCUGAUGUUGCUAUAGUCUGAUGUUGCUAUAGUCUGAUGUUGCUAUAGUCUGAUGUUUGAUAGUAGUCUGAUGCUAUAGUCUGAUGUGCUAUAGUCUGAUGUUGCUAUAGUCUGAUGUUGCUAUAGUCUGAUGUUGCUAUAGUCUGAUGAUGUUGCUGAUAGCUGAUGAUGUUGCUAUAGUCUGAUGUUGCUAUAGUCUGAUGUUGCUAUAGUCUGAUGUUGCUAUAGUCUGAUGAUGCUAUAGUCUGAUGUUGCUAUAGUCUGAUGUUGCAUAUAGUCUGAGCUAUAGUCUGAUGUUGCUAUUAGUCUGAUGUUGCUAUAGUCUGAUGUUGCUAUAGUCUGAUGAUGCUAUAGUCUGAUGUUGCUAUGUCUGAGUUGAUUAUAGUCUGAUUUGCUAUAGUCUGAUGAUGCUAUAGUCUGAUGUGAUAUAGUCGUGAUGUUGCUAUAGUCUGAUGAUGUUGCUAUAGUCUGAUGUUGCUAUAGUCUGAUGUUGAUAUAGUCUGAUGCUAUAGUCUGAUGUUGCUAUAGUCUGAUGUUGCUAUAGUCUGAUGUUGCUAUAGUCUGAUGUUGCUAUAGUCUGAUGUUGAUAUAGUCUGAUGUUGCUAUAGUCUGAUGUUGCUAUAGUCUGAUGUUGCUAUAGUCUGAUGUUGCUAUAGUCUGAUGUUGCUAUAGUCUGAUUAUGCUAUAGUCUGAUGUUGCUAUAGUCUGAUGUUGCUAUAGUCUGAUGAUGUUGCUAUAGUCUGAUGAUGUUGCUAUAGUCUGAUGUUGCUAUAGUCUGAUGUUGCUAUAGUCUGAUUAUGCUAUAGUCUGAUGUUGCUAUAGUCUGAUGUUGCUAUAGUCUGAUGAUGUUGCUAUAGUCUGAUGAUGAUGCUAUAGUCUGAUGUUGCUAUAGUCUGAUGAUGUUGCUAUAGUCUGAUGAUGUUGCUAUAGUCUGAUGUUGCUAUAGUCUGAUGUUGCUAUAGUCUGAUGUUGCUAUAGUCUGAUGUUGCUAUAGUCUGAUGAUGCUAUAGUCUUCUGAUGUUGCUAUAGUCUGAUGUUGCUAUAGUCUGAUGUUGCUAUAGUCUGAUGUUGCUAUAGUCUGAUGAUGCUAUAGUCUGAUGAUGCUAUAGUCUGAUGAUGCUAGUCUUCUGAUGUUGCUAGUCUUCUGAUGUUGCUAUGGUUUUCUGUGUCACCAGGCGAUCCGGGAGCUUAUUGGUCAGCACCCUCAGGCACUUCCUGUUCAGAAGACCUGGCUGGAGGCCUGCUUCUCCAGACAGAGACAAGUCAACCCCACCAAGUUCCUGCACUGCUUUAAAUGAUGAUGAUGAUGAUGAUGAUGAUGAUGAUGAUGAUGUAGCUCUUCAGUACUAAAACGCGCAGCAUAUGUGAGCCUUGUACUGCCCUGUUAGGUGCUGACCUCUGCACUGCAGGAGCCACGGAUCAGUCCUUGUUGCAGCACUCCCUUUCUCCCACAGCAAUACUUAUUUAAUACUUAACAUACUCUUCAAUAUGCUGUUGUAUUUAUCUGGGACUUUUGAUCAACUGAUUACAAUAAAGUAGAGAACAUUCAUUUACUCUGCUUUUUAUUUUUUAUAAAUUAUUUUUAUUUUAAUUUGCUAUUUAAUUUGGUAAUUGCAUGUACUGUAUGUAUGUUAUCAUUAGGUGUUAUGUAUAUCAAGUUUUUCAGUUACUGUACCACCAAUUGAAUGUUGCUCUGCCCGGAGUACCCCUGAAGUACCCCCUCAUGUGCAUUUCACCAGUAAGCCUAUGGUCUCCUGAGUCUCCUAGUACCCCCUGUGGAUAGGCCUAAUAGCCCAGGUUGGGAGCCAGCGCUGUAUAUCUGACCAGCUACCCCAGGUUGGGAGCCAGCGCUGUAUAUCUGACCAGCUACCCCUGGUUGGGAGCCAGCGCUGUAUAUCUGACCAGCUACCCCAGGUUGGGAGCCAGCGCUGUAUAUCUGACCAGCUACCCCAGGUUGGGAGCCAGCGCUGUAUAUCUGACCAGCUACCCCAGGUUGGGAGCCAGCGCUGUAUAUCUGACCAGCUACCCCUGGUUGGGAGCCAGCGCUGUAUAUCUGACCAGCUACCCCAGGUUGGGAGCCAGCGCUGUAUAUCUGACCAGCUACCCCAGGUUGGGAGCCAGCGCUGUAUAUCUGACCAGCUACCCCUGGUUGGGAGCCAGCGCUGUAUAUCUGACCAGCUACCCCUGGUUGGGAGCCAGGGCUGUAUAUCUGACCAGCUACCCCAGGUUGGGAGCCAGCGCUGUAUAUCUGACCAGCUACCCCAGGUUGGGAGCCAGCGCUGUAUAUCUGACCAGCUACCCCUGGUUGGGAGCCAGCGCUGUAUAUCUGACCAGCUACCCCAGGUUGGGAGCCAGCGCUGUAUAUCUGACCAGCUACCCCAGGUUGGGAGCCAGCGCUGUAUAUCUGACCAGCUACCCCAGGUUGGGAGCCAGCGCUGUAUAUCUGACCAGCUACCCCUGGUUGGGAGCCAGCGCUGGAUAUCUGACCAGCUACCCCAGGUUGGGAGCCAGCGCUGUAUAUCUGACCAGCUACCACUC